AUGGUUGUGCAGGACAGCACGGAUCCUGGGGACGCCAGAGUGGGCGUGCGGCUAGAGCCCUUCCUGCACCAGGUCGGGGGGCACGUGAGCGUGAUGAAGUACGAUGAGCACACCGUGUGCAAGCCCCUCGUCUCCCGGGAGCAGAGGUUCUAUGAAUCCCUGCCUCUGGCCAUGAAGCGCUUCACUCCGCAGUACAAAGGCACCAUCACGGUGCACCUCCAAAAAGACAGCCGAGGCCAUCUCAGCCUGGUGGCCACCCCGCUGAAGGAGAACCGGGGGCCCUUCAAGGUCUCCACGGAGUCGGCGGCAGUGGCAAUAUGGCAGACUCUCCAGCAGACCACCAGCGGCAGCGGUGGCGCCCACCCCCUCACCCAGUGGCAGCUGGCUCACUCGCUCGAGGAGAGCCCUGCCGCGCUCCUGAGGUCCGAGUUCCACCUCAACGCCCCAGUCUCCUCCCUGGUGGAAGACGCUAAAGGGAACCAGGCCGAGAGGAGGAGCUUUAACCCGUGGGGCCUGCAAUGCCACCAGGCCCACCUGAGCCGCCUCUGCACCGAGUACCCAGAGAACCAGCGGCACCGGUUUCUGCUGCUGGAAAACGUCGUGUCACAGUACAAGCACCCCUGUAUCCUGGACCUGAAGAUGGGGACCCGGCAGCACGGGGACGACGCGUCCGAGGAGAAGAAGGCUCGCCACAUGAGGAAGUGCGCGCAGAGCACCUCGGCCUGCCUGGGCGUGCGCAUCUGCGGCAUGCAGGUUUAUCAAGUUGAUAAGAAGCACUUUCUCUGCAAAGACAAGUACUAUGGAAGAAAACUCUCCGUCGAGGGCUUCCGACAAGCCCUCCAUCAGUUCCUGCAUGACGGAACCCGCCUCCGGACAGAGCUCCUGGAGCCCAUCCAGCGCCAGCUUCGGGCCCUGCUCUCGGUCAUUAGGAGCCAGAGCUCAUACCGGUUCUACUCCAGCUCUCUCCUCAUCAUCUACGAUGGGCAGGAGCUGCCAGAAAGGACCCCAGGGGGCCUGCCUCCUCAGGAGGCUCCGCAGACGGCCCACGGCAGCCCUUCCGGGGGUCUCACCAAAGUUGACAUCCGGAUGAUUGACUUUGCUCACACAACAUACAAAGGCUCCUGGAACGAGCACACCACUUACGACGGACCAGAUUCAGGCUACAUUUUUGGCCUAGAAAACCUCAUCCAGAUCCUGCAGGAUAUUCAAGAGGGAGAAUGA